CAGGUGGUGUCGUGGCGUAACUCGUGACGUAUGUGGCGUUUCUUGUCAGUGGAGCGCAAACAAACUCCACCAAACACCAGCGAGCGCAACAGCUACACGACCAUGGCGUUAAAUAGGAAUCACUCCCAAAAUGGCGGAGUGAUGAUCAACAAUGGAGAAAGUGUAUUAAGGGAAUGUAAAAAUGUGGAGCUGUCGUUCAGCGAUGUCAGCAGUAAAUCAGACCUUCUUAAGGGGACCAAGAAGGGCACUGUGUACCUCACACCAUACAGGAUGGUGUUUGUGUCCAGUAACACAAAAGAUUGCCUGGGUUCUGCCAUGUUCCCCUAUUAUCUGAUGAAGGGAUGCAGCAUCGAGCAGCCCGUGUUUGCUGCCAACUACAUUAAAGGGACAGUGUCAGCUGAGCCGGGCGGUGGCUGGGAGGGUCAGGCUCAUUUCAAGAUGUCAUUUCCCAGCGGAGGAGCCAUCGAGCUCGGCCAGCAUCUCUUCAAACUGGCCACAAAUGCUUCCCGUGGAGCCCCGGCCCAGAAUGGUGCUGCGUCAUAUCAUGGCUACCCUUCUCCUGGAAUGAUGAACGGCUACGGCCCGCCUCCACCUGCCGCUCAAGGCUAUCCUUUUGCGCCUGCUCCGCAGCAGAACGGCUUCUACCCGCAGCCGCCGCCGCCUCCUCCCGCUGCUCCUGGCAACAUGGGCUACCCUUACCCAGCAGCUGCUCCAGGAAUGUACCCAUACCCAACCGGGUCUGACUACAUGGCCCCACCUCCCCCGUAUCCAGGGCCACCUCCAAACUGGGCUGCGCCCCCGCAAAACUGGACAGCUCCACCACCUCCAGGCCCAGGUAACGCCAAAGCCGCAGAAGCAGCAGGCAAUGCGUACUACAAUCCCAGCGAUCCACACAAUGUCUACAUGCCCACGGAGAUGCCUCCUCCAUAUGCACCUUACCCAAACUCUCCUGAAAAGAAAAACAACUGAGGCUCGGGUACGGACACUUCCUCCUUGUCUUCUGGUGGAUCCCUGACCACGGUAUAUGGCAUAUUACAAAAGACCACAUUUAAUCGCUUACAAUUCCCCCCCUCCCCUCAGUCAAAAAGCCCUCUGUGGCUAUUUUGCUUAAUAUAAUAAUUGUUGUCAUGUUCUAAACAGUAGUGUCUGAAGCUGAAAGGAGGCAGCGGGAUGAUGAAUGUAUUUUAUUUAUUUUUUUAAACGACCGAGCUGUACCACCACACACUUUCUGGGAGUUCCUUCGUGUCGCUUUUAACAACCGAACUUAUUAUCAGUGUAUUUCAGUGGUGUCAUUUACAGUGUGUAUUUCCUAUACUGUUUUUGAAUGGAGUGUUUAUUCAUAUACAAUAGCAGAAGUGGGUUGAAUAGACUUUAGUCAUGCGUUGAUGGCCGUCAAUACUUCCUGAUUCAUCUUUUGCUAAUAGCUUACGUACGAUCAGCAACAAUUGCAUUUUCUAGAUAACCUAAAUUGCUCCUUUUUUUUUUUGUAUCCUUUGAAAUGUACAUUUUCAUACACUAAGUGUGCAAUAUUCCCGGUUGACAACGGCCGUAGUGGAAAAUCAGGGCUCACUCGAGUGACGUUGUUCUCUUGGCCUCUCUUGCAUUCAUGUAUGCAAAGGCAAGCUGAAACCUUCUUUGUAAUUAGGCCAGUAUGCGGUUACCAGGUUUCAUCAUUUGGAGAACAGCAGCGUUUUGCCUCCCGUCAAAUCUCCUGAGGGCUAACCAUUUUUUUUUUGUUGUUGCUGAUAUUAACAGGUUUUUGCACACCCUUAACAAAUAUUCUUAGUGUGGAUUUGAAAUUUGCUUUACUCAUAUAAUGUCUAUAAAUGAAUAAUGCUUGGCUGAAAGUUCUUUAACUGAAAUCUAUUAAAUUUGUCAUUUAUUGAUUCUAAUA